AUGACGAGCUCAACUCCGACCGCGCCCUCCCCCUCACCUGCAGCAGCAGCAGCUGCUACUCCCACCACGUCCACCACGUCCACCCCCUCCACCGCAUCCACCUCCUCGAAACCCACGAAGCAGCAACCGUCCUCCCAAUCACAAAAGCCCUCCAAGUCGGCCACCAAAUCCAAAGAUGCCGCCACCGCUGCCACCAGCGCUCCCGCUGCCCCCGCCGACAGCGCAACCGCCCAACUGACCCCCGCCGAACUGAAAAAGCGAGCCAAGGCCGAAAAGGCCGCGCGCCGGGCCCGCGAACGCGCCGAACGCGAGUCCUCCGGCCCCGCCGGGGGAGCUCCGUCUGGUGGUGCCGCCACGCCCGGUAAGAAGGAUGGCAGCGGCGGCGGCGGAUCGGCUGCUGGUGCUUCUGGAUCGAAACAGGUGCCUCGUCGGGGAUCCGCGCAGAAUGCCUCGCAGAAUGGUGGGGGAGGUAGUGUCUCUGGUGCGGUGCCGGCUGGGGGGUUGGAGAAGAGUGCUGGCGGUGGUGGUGGUGGGGAGAGUAAGGGUGGUAAGAAGGCUGAUGAUAAGAAUGUGGCGGUGUUUGGACAUCUUUAUGGGCAGCAGAGACGGACGACGGUCGCCGGGGCGGGCAAGGAGGUGCAUCCGGCUGUGUUGGCGUUGGGGUUGCAGAUGAGGGAUUAUGUGGUUUGUGGGAGUAGUGCGCGGUGUGUGGCUACUUUGUUGGCUUUCAAGAGGGUCAUCGAAGCGUACACUACGCCCAUGGGAACCUCCCUCCCUCGUCACUUGACGACCUACCUCUCCCACCAGAUCACCUACCUGUCGACCUGUCGGCCCCUGUCGAUCAGCCAGGGUAAUGCGAUCCGCGCCCUCAAGCUGGCCAUCUCGUCCAUCGACCCCUCGACGCCCGAGGCGGAGGCCAAGGCGUUCCUGGGCGAGUUCAUCGACAGCUUCAUCCGCGAGAAGAUCACCGUGGCGGACCAGGUCAUCGCCAGCAGCGCGGCGCAGAAGAUCCAGGACGGGGACGUGAUCGUGACGUUCGCGGGCAGCUCGAUCGUCAAGCAGACGCUGCUGCUGGCGCACAAGCAGGGCAAGAAGUUCCGGGUCUCGAUCAUCGACUCGCGGCCGCUGUUCGAGGGCAAGAGCCUGGCGCGCACGCUGGCCAACGCCGGGCUGGACGUGCAGUACUCGCUCGUGCACGGCAUCAGCCACGCCAUCAAGGCGGCCAGCAAGGUCUUCCUGGGCGCGCACGCCAUGACCAGCAACGGCCGGCUGUACUCGCGCGUCGGCACCGCGCUGGUCGCCAUGAGCGCCAAGGAGCGCGCCGGCGGCGUCGAGGUGCCCGUCAUCGUCUGCUGCGAGACGGUCAAGUUCACCGACCGCGUCGCGCUCGACAGUAUCGUCGUCAACGAGAUCGCCGACGCGGACGAGCUGAUCACCGCCGAGCCCAUGCAGCAGCUGACCGGCCUGCCGGAUCCGGCGGCGGUGACGGUCUCCGCGGCGGACGCGAAGAAGGGCGGCGGCGGUGGUGGGAAGUCGGCGGCGGCAGCGGCAGCGGCGGCAGCCAAUGCGGCGGCGGAGUCGAACACGCUGGCGCAGAAUGUCUCGUCGCCGUUGACGGGGUGGAAGGAGUCGGCCAACCUGCAGCUGCUCAACAUCAUGUACGAUGUCACGCCAGCCGAGUAUGUGGAUAUGGUGGUCACCGAGAUGGGCAGCUUGCCUCCGAGUGCGGUACCGAUUGUGCAUCGCAUGAGCACGAAUUUGUGA